AUGGCAGAUUUCCAAGACUUCCAGCAUUCAGUCAAGUACAACCAGGAACACCAGCAGCAGUUAAUCGAGUUAGAACAAGAUGUGGCCUCUGGAAAGUUCCGCCUGACGGGGUCUUCCGGCCCUAUGACCAGAGCCUCGCCCAUCGCUCCACACCGAAACUUGGGGCCCAAGUUGGGAUCUCACGCCGGAGCCGGCUCCGGUGCGGAAACGUCAAAACCAGGCUUCGACACGGUACUCUCCAAACCGAAACCCAAACCCAAUCCAUUUGGUGCCGCGAAGCCUGUCGAUGUUUUAGCGAAGGAGGACGAAAUACAGAAAAAGCUUAUAACUGUUAAUCACACCACGAUCAAGACUAUGGGCUCAGUUGAACCUGCCCCUCCAAGGGAACGUCGAAAGUCCAUGAACAUUUUGAGAAGGGACAGCAAAGCUGAAGACUCGCCUCGGCCGCCUGCGACCGCGCCAGAACAACCCAACUCAAAAUACUCACCAGCGCCUGUAACAUCUGUGUAUGGAGAUGGAAAGAGUGGUAUAAGCUUGGCGCAAAUUUUGAGUGCUGCUAACAGUGACUCGAACCUGGCUGCAAAUUCGGCCAAGAACUCGCCAAAACCAGCGGUUUCAAAACCUACUAUCUUGAAGAAGAAGGCAAUGAAUAGCCCUGUCGUAAGCGUUCAACAACUUGCAAGAUAUGAGGCCAAUGAACCCGAAAGUACCGAAAAGACAGAGACCCAAGCAAAACUGCUGCAAAACCCUGACGAUUCAGCUAUCAAGCACCCCGUAGAAACCACAGAAAAGCCUACUUUGAAAGAAAAGAGCCAUGCAAACAAGAACCCAUCAUCUCCAAAGGAUGAUGACCCAUCCUCAGAAAAUAACAAAGCAACUGCCCCUACGACACAAACUUCAACGAAUCUGAAAAACAGACCAGAUUUUAAACACAUGUUUGAGGAGAUCACCCAGAAGUAUGUGCCAAAGGAGAAGCCUAACAAGUACAAAGGCAGAGGUCCUUUCAGAGAGCCUAAUGUGAACGGCAAGAUAACUUCAGAGUCAGAUGACAAGAAUGCUCCCCGCAACAAUAGCCCUGCGAAACCUAAUGGCCGAAAAAAUUCCAGGGAUAUACCGAGCGGUUCCCGUAGGCCACCCAAAGCUCGUACUCUGCGGAGGAGAGAUGGGACAGAGGAGAAGAAAGGUGAAGAUGUUGUGGUUCAGAAUGGAGAGGGUAAAGUUGAGAGGUCUAAUGAUAAACUGCGGGCAAGUAGUCUAACUUCGAAACAAGAAGUCAAAUCGAAUACAACGCGAGAUUCAGUGCCCAAUGGCGACGGAGAGACAAGUGCUGCGAAGAAGGAACGAGCCACUGGCUCUGGCGCUCGAAGAGGUUCCGGGUCCAACAAACAGACUACUAAGACGUUCGAUGGUUCAACGAGUCAUUCAGAGCCCGGAGAGAGACCAAAACGUGGAAGCUGGAACUCUAGAGGCAGGGGAAAUAAUCGUAGACGAUGCAGAGGUGGCGCCAAUCUUCAUUAUGUGCGAAACGAACAGUUAAAUCAAGAAAAGACUCCGGUUCUGGAAACUGUUCAAGAAGUAUAA